AUGACUGCGACUGGUUUCGCAGAGGCAGUGAAGCCCACAAACCUUCUGAGCGCGCUCCAGGGAAACAGGGUGUCCGUGCGCCUCAAAUGGGACCUGGAGUACACCGGCCUCCUCGCAUCGUAUGACUCGUACUUCAACCUGGAGCUGGAGCAUGCGGAGGAGCUUCAGCCGGACGGCUCAAGCCUUCCGCUAGGCGACAUGAUCAUUCGCUGUAAUAACGUUCUUUAUAUCCGCGACCUUCGAUCCACAGUGCCGGUCCCGCCUCUAUCUUGA